AAAGCAUAACCUAUAAACAUUGUUAAAUUUAAAUUUAACUUAUAUAGAAUUAAUUAAUGACAUGAUAAACAAAAUAGCAAUUCUUAAUUUAAACAUAAGAAAAUACAUAAACAUAUGUGAAUUUAGUAUGCUUUAGAAUUAAAUCUCGCUUCAUCAAUUAAUUAAUAAUAGCAUCAUGUCAUGUGAAUGGUUUGAAAGAAUUGGACGACCACGAUACGUGGUAGCACCUAUGGUAGAUGCAAGUGAGCUCGCUUGGAGGUUACUAAGUCGACGACAUGGUGCCGAUUUGUGUUACACGCCGAUGUUACAUAGUGCUAUAUUUGUAAAAGAUGCCAAAUAUCGCAAGGAAAAUUUCACUACAUGUCCUGAAGAUCGCCCUUUAAUUGUUCAGUUUUGUGGAAACAAUCCUGAAACAUUGGCUGCUGCUGCUAAAAUAGUAGAAAAGGAUUGUGAUGCUAUUGACAUUAACCUUGGUUGCCCGCAGUCCAUAGCCAAACGUGGAAGAUAUGGAGCAUUUCUUCAAGAAGACUGGGAUUUGUUAAGAGAUAUUGUUUCUACAAUGUCUAAGGCAGUAUCAGUACCAAUAACAUGUAAAAUAAGAAUUCUUGAAACCAUAGAAAGGUCAAUAAACUAUGGAUUAAUGUUGCAAGAAUCAGGAUGUAAAUUGCUUACCUUACAUGGAAGGACAAGAGACCAAAAAGGACCUCUAACAGGUGUUGCUAAUUGGGAUUAUAUCAAAGCUGUUAGAAAUGCUAUGUCCAUUCCAAUGUUUGCAAAUGGGAAUAUUCAGUGCCUAGAAGAUGUAUUCAGAUGUAUAGAAAAUACCAAAGUUGUUGGUGUAAUGAGUGCCGAAGGAAAUCUUACUAACCCUGCAAUAUUCAAAGGUAUAAAUCCUGUUUCAUGGGAUAUAGCACUGGAAUACCUUGAUUUAGUGGAGAAAUAUCCAUGCCCCACAUCUUUUAUAAGAGGCCAUUUAUUUAAAAUAUUUCACAAAAUAUUCUCAUAUCCAGAGAACAAUACUGAAAGAGAAAUUCUUGCUACCGCUCAAAAUUUAGAUGAUUUUAAAACUGUGUCUCAGAUGCUGAAAGAUAAAUAUCUACCAUACCACCUGGGUGAACUUGUAUUUAGUAACAAUGAAAAUCUAACUAGACAAGGCUUUAAUUUGAUAUUACCCCCAUGGCUAUGUCAACCUUAUGUCCGCAUGUCUCCAGAAGCUCAUACAGAAAAGAUGGACAAUAUAAGCAAAAAACAGAAGAAUAGCAGUGAAACCAAGAGAACUCUUGAAGAUCCAGAAGGUAAUCCUAUUUCGAGAAAGAAAAUGAAAAAAUUGUUGAAAAUUAUGAGAAAACCAAAUAAAGCAGACUCUGAAAAACAACCCCAUAGAACUGGAGAUAUAUGUUCCAAUAAAAUAUGUCCUAAUCCUCUUGGAGGAAAAUGCAGCAAUCAAUUAUGUAAAAAGUGUUGCCGUAACAAAUGCUAUGAGGAUGAUCUUGAUUGUAAAGGCCAUGGAAUACUAGUCCACACAAGGAGAGAAACUGCAAAAAAGUUUGCAUCUGGGAAUUCUAUAGGUUAAUGCACUACAUGCUGUGACCAAGGCAACUAAGUUUUUAUAUUCACAAAUGGGUGGAGGUCAUGUA